AUGAUGAGUGCUAGGAAAAAGUUUGAUCUUUAUUUCUGGCCUAAAUUACAUGAUGAAGGACAGGAUUACAAUAGGUGUCACAUGGCAGGGUUCUCCUGCCCGCGGGCCCUUAAGGUGCCCGCCUACCUCAACUACCGCUUCCUGGGCGAGAAGGACUGCGGCGCCCCCUGCGAGCCCGGCCGCCUCUAUGGGCUCAUGUACUUCGGGCCCGAGGAGCUGCGCUUUGCCCGCACCUGGAUCGGCAUCUGGUCGGUGCUGUGCUGCGCCUCCACGCUCUUCACCGUGCUCACCUACCUGGUGGACAUGAAGCGCUUCAGCUACCCGGAGCGGCCCAUCAUCUUCCUGUCGGGCUGCUACACAGCCGUGGCCGUGGCCUACAUUGCCGGCUUCCUGCUGGAGGAGCACGUGGUGUGCAAUGAGCGCUUCGCUGAGGACGGCUCGCGCACGGUGGCGCAGGGCACCAAACGCGAGGGCUGCACCAUCCUCUUCAUGAUGCUCUACUUCUUCGGCAUGGCCAGCUCCAUCUGGUGGGUCAUCCUCUCGCUCACCUGGUUCCUGGCGGCUGGCAUGAAGUGGGGCCACGAGGCCAUCGAGGCCAACUCACAGUACUUCCACCUGGCCGCCUGGGCUGUGCCGGCCAUCAAGACCAUCACCAUACUGGCCUUGGGGCAGGUGGAUGGUGACGUGCUCAGCGGUGUCUGCUUUGUGGGCAUCAAUAACGUAGAUGCCCUGCGCGGCUUCGUGCUGGCCCCCUUGUUCGUCUACCUGUUCAUCGGCACCUCCUUCCUGCUGGCCGGCUUUGUGUCGCUCUUCCUUGUGUCGCUCUUCUGCAUCCGGACCAUCAUGAAGCAUGAUGGCACCAAGACAGAGAAGCUGGAGAAGCUGAUGGUGAGGAUUGGGAUCUUCAGUGUCCUCUACACGGUGCCUGCCACCAUCGUCAUCGCCUGCUAUUUUUAUGAGCAAGCCUUUAGGGAACAGUGGGAAAGGAGCUGGGUCACCCAGAGCUGUAAGAGCUAUGCCAUUCCCUGCCCCAACAACCACAGCAGCCACCACCCACCCAUGAGUCCUGACUUCACUGUCUUCAUGAUCAAGUAUCUCAUGACCUUAAUCGUGGGCAUCACCUCAGGCUUCUGGAUCUGGUCUGGGAAAACGCUCAAUUCCUGGAGGAAGUUCUAUACUAGACUCACCAACAGCAAGCAGGGGGAAACCACUGUGUGAAGCCCAGCCCCACCCAGCUGAGGGAAACCUUUUGCCUCAAAGGUGGGUGAGGGACCUGUAUCCAGCUCGCCAUGUGGCCACCAUUCUAGCUGGGACGGGGGGAAAUGCUUGCACAACAGUCAGACUUUCUGGACUGCUAACGGCAUCUCCAGCCUGCAGGGAACUGUGAGAGAACAGAGGCAGGUGGGGAAACUCCUAAGCUGGGACAGACUCUCUCUUUCUGUUUCUCCCUCUCUCUCUCUUUUUCUGUCUCCUAUUGGAACUGAACACACUGUGUCCUUUGGGGAGAGGAUUGUAAAUAGUCUCUGUAAGAUUUUGUAAGUAUAUUUGUACUGUAUUUAAAUUGCAAAGAUCUCUCACUUUUUUUAAUUAUUUAGGACAUUUUAAAGCCAUUUACAGAUAUCCCCCCCCCCCCCCAACCCCCCCCCCCACACACACUUUAAAAAAAAAAAACUGGUAUUGGAUUUUAUUUUCUAGUGCAGGAUUGAAUUUUUUAUUUUUUUUUUUUUAAACCAAAACAGAUCCCUCUCUUCUCCCCCAGACAGGUUGACUGAUUUGCUUGGAGUUUUAGUUGCAUGAACAGCAGGGCCUGCACUGAGGUUGCUGCAGCUGUGCAAAGGCUCCUCCUGACCCAGGCAAUGUCCUGAUCCCAACCUCCUACCUAGGUAUGGGGAGGUGGAGAAGAUCACCUGUCAUGAUCCUGCCCCACAUGCAGGGACAGGUUGUCUGUCCCUUAUCAAUUGUGUCUUGAGGGAAGAGAAGAGAAAGCAGCAAUUUGCUGCCUCUACCAGCUCUGCAUGGUAGAAGAGAGGAUGAGAGCAGAGGAGCUGAUCCCUGCUGCCCACAAAUAACUGUAUGGUCUCCUUGUCUUGCUGUCUCCCCAAAGACAUUCAAUACCAGUCACCCAACUGCCAGGGGAAGGGGCGGAAGAAGUGGGAGGACCAUUUUGGUUCCGUCCCAAACCGUGCCUCACCUCUGGGGCCACAGGAGCAGAAUAAACAACUUUCUGCCAAGGUUUUGGAUUAGAUGUGUGUUUGGAGGGGGGAGGGGGUUGGCUGCCUUCUGGUUUUGUUU